AAACAAUUUCAUGUUGGAAAUACAAAGUGAAGCUUUCAAAGGUUUAACAGCAGUUGAAAAAAUAAAUUUAGAAAACAAUGAGCUGAAGACAAUCAAACGUAACACCUUUAUAGAUAUGCCUAAACUAAAUGUUAUUAUUCUGCAAGGAAAUGAUAUUAUAGAAAUCGAGCAAAACGCAUUUGGUGACUUACCAGAACUACUUUACUUAUCCUUGCUAUCGAACAAUAUCAUAUGCAACUGUAAAAUUCGACCAUUUCAUCAUUGGAUUUUACAAAGAUCAAAAACUAUUAUAGAUGGCGGUGUUUGCUCAGAUCUGAAUGGCCAACAAAUAAAAGAUCUGUUGGAUGUGGAGGAAUGUAUUGAGACUUCUACUGUGCCUGAAGUGUCACCAACAACAAAAUCAGUUUCUUCAAAAAUUAAAACGUCAACUGAACUAAUUCCAAUUAUAACAACAGUUAAAGAUGAUGAACAAGAUGUUCAUACAUGGUUUUCAACGGACAUGAAAAAGACUUCUACUGAAGUUGAUGUGUCACCAACGACAACAGCAGUUUCUACAAAAAUUAAAAAGACAACUGAAUUAAUUCCCAUAAUCACAGUUAAAGAUAGUGAACAAGAUGUUCGUACCUGGUUUUCCACAGACAUGAAAAAGACAACAUCUUCCAUUGAAAGAGAAAUAGUUACAGUAACAACAACUGAAUAUAAAAAAAACACAAUCGGAACAACAAACUCGCCACCAGUGCAAAUUACUGGGGAUAAACUGGAUACGAACAUAUUUCAUAAAGUGACUUUACUUGGAGUAAUGAGUUGUAUCGUUGCUGCACUUGCAUUUAACACAGCAUGUGCAGGAUGUUGUUUUUUGCUUUUUCUGUCAAGACGUAGAGAAAAGGUAUACCAACAACCACGUCAUGCUGCUUACAAUCAUACGAUCGACGUGUCUCUUUCAGAUAUACAUGCGAGUAUUUCAAGGUUUGAGAGCACAGAGAGUUUUUUUACUCCUGUGCAUGGAGGCACCAACAGUUGUAAGUUUCUUAAAUGGAUAUAG